CCACCACUGUUUCUCUCACAUUUAUGUUUUAUUACUCUGUAUCAAAUAAUGAAAAAAUUAAGGAACGACCCGAGGAAAAAGCUAUGGAUUGCUAGUAUAUUUUGCCUGAUCUUCAUGCUAGCUGAGUUUAUCGGUGGAUAUCUGUCCAACAGUCUUGCUAUCAUGACAGACGCUGCUCAUAUGCUAUCAGACUUCGCGGGGUUCAUGAUAUCGCUGUUCGCAAUAUGGGUUGCUACAAGACCUGCUACCAAAAAACUAUCUUAUGGCUGGUACAGGGCAGAGGUGAUGGGUGCAGUGCUGUCUGUGUUAGUGAUAUGGGUACUGACUGGUGUACUGGUUUACAUGGCAAUACAAAGAAUCCUUAGCCAACAGUUCGAGCUGGACGCGCAAGUCAUGUUAAUAACCGCAGCAGGAGGACUUGUUAUAAACGUUUUAUUAGGAGCGAUAUUAUAUCAGAAAGGUCAUGGUCACAGCCAUGGCCUCGGUGUAGGGAGCCAUAGUCACGACAACAAACACCAAACAUCGAAUGAAGAGGGUUUAUCCAAAUCUCCAUCGAGCUUCGUUAUCGAGAGUGAAGGAGAAAACGUGAACGUUAGAGCUGCCUUUAUACACGUGUUAGGAGACUUCUUACAAAGUGUAGGAGUUUUUAUAGCCGCUCUUAUAAUCUGGGUCAAGCCUGAGUGGGCGAUAGCAGAUCCAAUUUGUACAUUUUUAUUCUCGGUACUCGUAUUAGUUACGACAUUAGCAAUUUUAAAAGACGCACUUAUCGUACUAAUGGAAGGUAUGCCAAAAGGCUUAUGCUUUAACGAUCUUAAGACGAGUCUCUCGUCAAUACCUGGUGUAGAAGCUGUUCACGAUCUUCACGUUUGGUCUUUAACUGUAGGAACCGACGCGCUAUCCGUCCAUCUUGUUGUUGCUGACGACUCCAAUUCACAGAAAAUUUUAGAAGAAGCUUCAACUCUUUGCAGUAAACAGUUCGACAUUAAACACAGCACUAUUCAGAUCGAAACUCACUCGGACGACCGAGAAAGCUGCAAAGUAUGCGACGAGCCACAGGAUUAGGCCAAGCAACGUUGGUUGUAAAGCAAGACAUGAUCUGGGACAUCGUCAAACAUGAUUUUGUGGCCUUUCUGGAAAUGCUUUUUCCCUUUUGGCCUGCUUGCGAGAUGCUGGUUAUGAGUACCUUGYGCUAUCUUAAGGAAUGUACCCGGUAUAACGUCAUGUGUGUGACGUCGGCCAAGCAUGGCGGGGAAGAAUGUGUGCCAAACCCAGUUGUCAAACCCAGUUGGCAACCCGCGGGGAAGGUUGCCUAGCAACACUGCUUAGAAGACCCAAAGUGAGUUAUCAAAGCGCUAGAAGAAACAUUUAAUAGCGUCAAUUUUUCGGAAAAAAAAAUCGAAAACAAGCUUGAUUGAAAGGAUAUUAUAUUUGGUGAAGAUGGAUUACGUGACAUAAAGAGACAUGGUGACAUUACGUGACAUGGUGACAUGAACUUGAUCGUUAUGYACAUAAAGAAAUUGUAAUAAAAUGAGCAGUUGAUAUAUAUUUUCUAUAAA